AUGAGACGAAGUCGGGGAGGGCCCAACUCCCCGUUCAGAGUCAAUGGAGCCCCGAUUCCGGACUCGCUGUCCCUGAUCCGCUCCUUCAAUGUCGAGACGAACCCUGCCCGCCCCGUCAGACCGUCUCCUCUGACCGCGUCGACCAUUCCUGAUAUGCCGCUUGAUCUCGUUGACCGAAUACGAUCAUUUCCCCUGUUUGUCUCGGCGCCGGAUUCCUUCCUCGCGGCCAUCGGAAAGCACUUGCGACCCCAGGUACAUGCACCGCACGAUGUUAUCCUGACGGAAGGAGACGAGGCGAAGGCGAUGUAUUGGCUGGUAAGGGGGGCGGUGGCAGUCACGUCCAGAGAUGGGGAGGCAACCUACGCCGAGUUGAAGCCGGGGGCUUUCUUUGGGGAGAUAGGCAUUCUUAUGGAUGUGCCUCGAACGGCAACCAUAAUCGCAAGAACAAAAUGUCUCCUGGUGGUGUUGAAGAAGGAGGACCUGAGGGCGGAGCUCCCCCAUUUCCGGGAGAUGGAACAGGCAAUAAUGGAAGAGGCCCAAGAGAGGUUGACUAUCCUAAACAAGAAGAGGAAAGAAGGCGGAUACGGACCAAAGCUUGUCUCGACCAUCUUGCCUUCAAGAGGCGGCAAGACUGCACGUGAAGCGGCUCCAGGCGAAGUCUCGACCGGGGAAGCAGGGGCCAUUGAAAACGGAGCUGUGAUAAACAAGAAGAAACGCAAGUCACCCAGCCCUCAGGGGAUUGAAGAUCCCGCGGCUGGCAGUGCCCUUGGGAGUGGGUUUGUCAACGUUAGGAGGACCCUUAAAGAACUCCCGUUAUUUUCAACACUACCGCCUGAGAUCCUGCACUUCCUGGGGCUGAGCGCCGAGCCCAAGACGUAUCCCCCGUUUACGGAUAUAAUUCGCCAAGGAUCCCCUGGAAAUGAGAUAUAUUUUAUUGUGCGUGGAGAGGCCGAAGUGAUCCAUGAUGCUGCGAAUGGGCAGGAUGUGAACCAGGCGUUGUCGGGCUCCUACAUACGGCCGCGGCUGAAGCAGGGCCAAUAUUUUGGGGAGGUUGCAAGUUUAGCUCUGGCGCCCCGGAGAACGGCCACGGUGCGGUCAAUCACUACUGUUGAGUGCCUAAUGAUCGAUGGGGAUACUCUCGACGAGCUUUGGAGGCGGUGCCCUCCUGACAUUCGACAGCAGGUUGAGGUGACUGCAAAACUGCGGAUUCCCAAACCAGAGGCAGAGGAUAUAAUGAUGCUUGACACCGACGCGUCGAUCACCAAUAAGCUGCAGGUUGCGGAGGGAGCACAACCUCCUCGCCGGGGCUCGUUGCCUCAUGUCACGUUCACGCCUUCGAAACCAGCCAGUCCACAUAAGCCAAGUCGCGCUGAGGACAAGGACGUUUUAGAGCCUUUGGACCCAGAUCCUUUCCUUAGUGUAGAUAUGGAUAACAUGAGGGCCAGGUCAAGGAGAGGCUCCUGGGCCCCGCCCACCCCUGAGACACAGCCUACCGAGGAAUCUACUUCUAAUACCGGGCCAAGAACAAGAACGAGAUCAAGAGCUCAAACUCCGACGCCUGCUUUGACUCCGCCGGAUUCUGAUAUUCGCCCCAAGAGACCAAAGAUUGUCCAGCGGCGGCCAAGCCAGUACAACAGAGGAGUGUUGCCAGAUGGGAUAUUGGUUUCCAUCUUUCCAUAUCUAGAUAUCUACCAGCUAAUGCGGCUACGCACUGUAUCCCUCCACUGGUCAAAACUCCUUACCACGUCGCCCAAUAUCUGCCAACACUUGGAUCUCUCCCUCUACAAUCGCAAGGUCACAAAUCAUGCACUCAUCAACUUCAUCUGCCCCUUCGUCGGAAAACGUGCCCGUACUGUAGACAUAAGCAACUGUUUCCACAUCACUGACGAGGGAUUCAACCACCUAUCCGCUCAAUGCGCCCCUGGUUCGCAAUCAUGGAAAAUGAAAAGCGUAUGGGAUAUCUCCGCCAACGCCGUGCUGGAAAUGGCCAACGCGGCCAAACAGCUCGAGGAAAUCGAUCUCUCCAAUUGCCGCAAGGUAAGCGAUAAUCUCCUGGCUCGAAUCGUAGGAUGGGUCGUCACCGAGCCCAAUACACCUCAAUCAGCAAGCGCACGUCAAAAGUUCGGGCAGCCGCAACCGGCUCAAAUCAUACCACCUGUGGGGACAGUGGUUGGUUGUCCAAAACUUAAGCGCUUGACGCUGAGUUAUUGCAAACAUGUUACCGAUCGCUCUAUGGCACACUUGGCUGUACAUGCGCAUACUAGACUCCAGUCCAUCGAUCUCACGCGUUGUACGACGAUCACCGAUGGGGGUUUCCAGCAUUGGAGUAUCUAUAAGUUCUCCAAUCUACGGAGACUCGUUCUGGCGGACUGCACGUACUUGACGGAUAACGCCAUUGUAUAUCUUACGAAUGCUGCGAAAGGGCUGAGGGAGCUGGAUCUGUCCUUCUGCUGCGCUCUCUCCGACACUGCAACAGAGGUCCUCUCCCUCGGCUGCCCACAUCUCUCUUCCCUCAAGUUAUCCUUCUGCGGUAGCGCCGUCUCCGACUCCUCCCUCCGCAGCAUCGGCCUGCAUCUCCUUGAAUUACGCGAACUUUCAGUCCGAGGAUGCGUGCGCGUCACGGGCGUAGGCGUCGAAGCCGUCGUCGAGGGGUGCACGGUGCUGGAGAAGUUCGAUGUGAGCCAGUGUAAGAAUCUUGCUAGGUGGCUAGAUGGCGGUGGGGAGGAGAGGAGUAGGAGGUUGUAUGGUAGGAAAGGGUUGGUUUUUGAGACCACUAAGAAAAGCGAGAGGGAGGGGAGUUUGAGGUAA